AUGGGGCCAGAAAUGUCUCUUUCAAAAGAAGCCCUUGUUAAUGCUAAAAGAAAAAUGGAAUUGCUAGAUAAUGAGGACAAAGAGCUGAAGAAUAAUUUUGACGCCUACAUAUAUGGAAAGGUUAAAGAUUGGUUGUACACUGAUGGUGAAGAUGUUUCUACUACUGAAUUUCAGAAACAUUUGGAUUCAUUGAAAUGUGAGGUGGAUGAUUUCUUUGGAGUUUAG